AUGGCAUUGGUGGAACCGGCCAGAAAUAGAAAGGAAACCUUCUUCGCCCGUUGCCAGUUCGAUGGCACCGGAAAGCGAGGACGGCUUCAGCGAAAUACCAAGCCAUCCACAGCUGGGCGUAUGAAUGAUAAAGUGAAUCCGAAGAAGCGCAACCAAGCGUCCGACCGAGCAAAACUGAACGACCAACCGGCCGGCCCGCGCGAUGCAAGAAUAAACUGGACUAAUUCCAUCCGAAAUUUCACACGUUCGAUUCCAGUUGCCGGAGUGUUCACAAAACAGUUGCGUGCCCUACAGAUGGACCAGAUGAAGAUCAAGGAUGAGCGCAUGAAAAAUAUGAACGAAAUUCUCGGUGGAAUGAAAGUGCUGGAAUCGAUUCUGGGAAUUCGUAGUAAGGAAAUUAGGAAGAAAAUGGCAUACUAUGGAGCGGGAGUUUACUUUGUCUACUCGAUUGUUCCGUUUCUAGUUACCUUAGUUUCGUUCGUAGUUUACGUCCUAAUGGACGAGAAUAAUCAUUUGGAUCCACAGACCGCUUUCGUGUCGUUGGCGUUGUUCAACAUUCUUCGAUUCCCGCUGCAAAUUCUGCCAAUAAUGAUACCCGUUUCAAUGCAGGCUUGGGUUUCUGUUCAACGUAUAAACAAAUUUAUGAACAGUGCCGAGUUGGAUCUUAACAAUGUGACCCAUAAGAAGAGUGGAAAUGCGCUAUCUAUAAAAGACGGAACAUUUUCCUGGGGCGAUGAGACUCCCACAUUAAAAAACAUCCAUUUGUCGUUGCGGAAAGGUCAAUUAUCUGCAGUGGUUGGAACUGUCGGAACAGGUAAAAGCUCACUGAUUUCCGCCUUACUUGGAGAGAUGGAGAAGCUGAACGGGUCGGUGAAUACCGACGGCUCGAUCGCGUAUGUUUCCCAACAGGCUUAGAGCCAGAAUACAACGCACCGGGAGAAUAUCCUAUUCGGAAAACCGCUGGAUCAACAAGAAUAUGAUAAAGUCAUCCAAGGCUGCGCUCUUCUACCAGAUCUGGAUAUGCUUCCGGCAGGGGAUGCAACGGAAAUCGGUGAAAAGGGUAUUAAUCUAUCCGGUGGACAAAAGCAGCGAGUUGCCUUAGCACGGGCCGUCUACGCCGAUGCCGACAUUUAUCUGUUCGACGAUCCGUUGAGUGCGGUUGAUACUCACGUUGGCAAGCACAUUUUCGAGAAGGUGAUCGGUCCACAGGGAAUGCUGGUAGGCAGGUCUAGGCUGUUGGUUACGCACGGCAUUUCGUUUCUACCAUUCGUUGAGAAGAUUUUCGUUGUCAAAGAUGGAGAAAUAUCGGAGAGUGGUUCCUAUCAGCAGCUACUGGAUCAGAAGGGAGCGUUUGCCGAAUUUCUGACUCAGCACCUCCAAGAGUUGGACGAAGAAGAUGAAGAGUUGCAGUUAGUUCAGGAAGUUCUGAAAGGCGAAUCAUCCAGAACAAGCGUUGAACGUUCGACCUCAACGCCAUCUAAUGAAGAAGGAACACCAAAAAAGCAAAUCAACCGACAAGAAUCGAGAGCAAGCGUUGAAAAGGACAAACCUACCCCGGCUGUGACGAAAGCAGGCAAGUCUACUUUGAUCGACAAGGAGGAAUCCGCUACCGGAUCCGUCACGUUAGCCGUCUAUCUGAAGUACAUCAAAGCCAUUGGUUUAUCGCUGGGCCUGUGGUCGAUUGUUUUAAACGUCAUCACUCACGCAAUUCUAAUAUUCUAAAGCUUCUGGUUAACGGAUUGGUCAGAGGAUCCGGAGGCAAUCACCGAUACUUCGGUACGGGAUAUGUACCUUGGAGUCUACCGUGCACUGGGAGCUCUCCAAUCGAUCGCGCUCUUCAUCAGUUCAAUCAUUUUGGGUCUGGGUUGUCUUAACGCAGCAAAGAAGCUGCAUGACAAACUACUGGAAAGUUCGAUGAGAAUGCCUAUGUCCUUCUUCGAUAUGACUCCGCUCGGUAGAAUCAUAAACCGUUUUUCAAAGGACGUCGAUGUCCUGGACAAUGUUCCACCGGCAACGAUUCGGGCAUGGCUGUACUUCUCCCUUGCCGGGAUCGGAGUCUUUAUCGUCAUUGGCAUCUCAACACCUAUCUUCCUGGCAGUCGUACCUCCGCUAGCCAUAAUUUACUACUUUAUCCGGAAGAUCUACAUUGCGACGUCGCGGCAGCUGAAACGGUUGGAAUCUGUUACCCGUAGUCCGAUCUACUCCCAUUUCGGAGAAAGUAUAAACGGACAGUCUACCAUUCGAGCAUUCAAUUAGCAGACCCGAUUUACUUCGGAAUCCGAAGCCAAGGUUGAUUACAAUCAGAAGGUAGAUUAUCUUACAAUAUUGACGGCUCGUUGGAUUGCAGUUCGGUUGGAUAUUAUCGAUAGUCUGGUGGUGCUGUUUGCUGCCUUAUUUGCCGUAUUGGCCAGGGAAUCGAUUGGACCGGCUACGGUUGGCCUUUCGAUUUCCUAUGCGCUACAGAUUUCCACUGCGUUGAGUUUUGUGGUCAGAAUGACGGCUGAAGUGGGUACGAAUAUCGUGGCUGUUGAACGGUUGAAAGAGUACACGGAGCUGCCUCGGGAGGCGGAAUGGCAGAAAGGAUCGGUGAGUAAGGAUUGGCCGACGAAGGGAAUGGUGGAAUCCAAGUAUUUGAAGAUCCGGUACCGGGAAGGAUUGGAGCUGGUUAUCAGAGGGAUAUACUUGCACGUAAAAGGUUGCGAGAAAAUUGGAAUCGUUGGAAGGACUGGUGCGGGGAAGUCAAGCUUAACACUGGGAUUGUUCAGAAUUGUGGAAGCAGCCGGAGGUGCGAUUGUCGUCGACGGGGUCAACAUGGCUCAAAUAGGUGGGCCUGUGCAUCGUACCUCCUGA